AUGGGCCCCUGUACCGCCUCCUCAUGCUGCUGCCAGGCCCGUAAUCUGCCAUGGGCCCCUGUACCGACUCCUCAUGCUGCUGCCAGGCCCGUAAUCUGUCAUGGGCCCCUGUACCGCCUCCUCAUGCUGCUGCCAGGUCCAGAGUGUCUCAUGGGUCCCUGUACGGCCUCCCAUUGCUGCUGUCUCCAUCGCCACACUCUGCCAUGUGCCACUUUCAGGUCUCCUCACACUGCUGGUGGGUUCCAUUUUGUCAUAGGGUGCUGUAUGGCCUCCCAUUGCUGCUGCCUCCACCGCCACACUGUGGCUCCACACUCUGGUUUUGGCCCCGUGACUGCCCAAAUGAGUGAAGUGUGCGGUGAUUCUAAGAUCGACGGCACUCAUCUGCAUGUCAUACUGACUGACAGUAUUAUUUCUCUUCCCCAGCAGACUCCAAGGGCAUUUAAAUUAAAGGUACAGUGUUCUGCACUAAUAUAA